ACUCUAGCGCUUAUCCUUUCCGUCGCCACCCGCCGGCCGAUUUCUCCACCAUUAUGUUGAGAUCUCCCUUCUCUCUCCUCCGCCUCACUCGUUCAUAUCUUAUCCGGCCGGAAUCCACUUCAGCCUGGUCACCGCCUCCACCUCUCGAUCCCUCCCCACGCGUCUCUGCUAUCGUCGACGAUCUCGCCGGACUGACGCUCCUCGAACUCGCCGACCUAACUGAAACUCUACGCACUCGAUUGCGAGUCGAUCAGAUGCCCGUUGUAGCCGUGAUGACUCCCGGAAUGGUCGUCGGCGGCCUGCCAGGAACCAAUAAGUCUUCUUCCGGGGGAGCUGCGUCAGCUGCCGAAGUGAAGGCGGAGAAGACCGCGUUCGAUUUGAAACUAGAGAGCUUCGACCCUGCUUCCAAGAUCAAAAUCAUUAAAGAGGUGAGAAGCUUUACGGAUCUCGGCUUGAAGGAGGCCAAGGAUUUGGUUGAGAAGACGCCUGCCGUGCUCAAAAAGGGGGUUCUCAAGGAGGAGGCCGAGAAGAUCGUGGAGAAGAUGAAAUUGGCUGGUGCGAAGGUUGUCAUGGAAUGAGUGAGGUAGGGUUGGGACUUACAUCGUCUUCUCUUAAUUGUUUUUUCUGCUUGGAUAUAAUGUGGAUCAGUAAGAGAAGAUGAACAAAAUUGCUUCUCUUUCGAUAAAAUUUGCAUAUAUGAGGCUAUGAUUUGGAAUAUAAAUUUCCUGCCAAAGGUUCUAAGAAUUCACCUAACUGUUGCUACGGAUUAUUGAGAAUUUUUUGUUCUCUA